AUGCAAGGCCAAUGGCAAUGGCAAUGGCAAUGCCAACUGCAAUGCACCAUCACUCACUCACUCACAACUCACAGCUUCCAUGGCCACCAACCCUUUGCCCCUUUCAUGCCCCAAAACCCACAUUCUCCGUUUCUCUCUCCCUUCCAAACCCUUCUUUCUCUGCCACUCUGCCCCCAACUCACUGCUCUCCCACCGCUACCCGCCACUCCGCUGCAGGGCAGCCCAAGUUUCGGUGGCGGAGGGCUCCUCGGCUCCCGGUGACAGCUGGGUUCCGGUGGUUCCUCUGUCGGCGCUGCCGAGAGGGGAGCGGCGCGUCAUAAUUCAGGAGGGAGAGACCAUACUGCUGCUAUGGUACAAAGAUCAAGUUUUCGCCAUUGAGAAUAGGUCCCCUGCUGAAGGUGCCUAUUCUGAAGGCUUGCUCAAUGCCAAACUCACCCAGGAUGGAUGUAUAGUUUGCCCAACAACUGACAGCACAUUUGAUCUGCGAACAGGAGAGAUCAAGGAAUGGUACCCAAAAAAUCCUGUUCUGAGAGUUCUCACACCCGCUUUGAGGAAACUCUUUACCUAUCCAGUGAAAACAGAUGAACAGAAUAUUUAUAUCAGCAUGAGAGGUGUGAAAUCUGAUGCUUCUGCUGAAAUUGUCUUUAGUGGGAAGGCACAACCUGGUUUUACAGCAACUGAUGUCAAUGUUGAUGAGGUUAAAAUGGUGGUUGAUGAGGAACUAGAGGGAUUUGGUUUUACUGGGAAGAACGAAAUAAUAAACGGGAAAGCAGCUGUUAUUGGUUUCCUUCUUUUGUUAGAUUUUGAGCUUUUAACAGGUAAGGGUCUUUUAAAGGGAACAGGUUUCUUGGACUUCUUAUACUCAGUGACCAAUGCUUUCAAUUAGGUAUCAUCUCUGUUAUUUCAGCAUGAAAACAUUCCUCUGAUCCUCAGCACCAUAAUAUGACCUCUUAGUAAUUACAUUUCCUCUUUGGAUUCUCUGUAUCUAAUAUUGUAUAUCGUGAGUUUAGAUCGUGGCAAAUUUACAACCUUUGGUUUUGUGUUUUCAUGUUACUCUGUAUACCAUACACAUUUUUUAAGUUCACAUUUGACAAUGACAUUCCAAAAUUUGGUCUUCA